GAAGAAGCUGCCUGUGCCUCGUAAUUUCGAGCACUGGUUUUAUUCUUAUGACUGAGAUAUCAAAAGAGUUUUUGUUGACCUCGAAAUUCUUACACUGUACCAUAUCAUAGUCUUGCAUUUUUGAAAGACUCAUUUUUGGAAUUGGGAAGUUUUGUGCUGUAUACCUGAUGAAAUAAGCGUACAUGUGAACACCCGCGUACUAUAGUGUAUGGAAGGCGGAAGAGCAACCCCCAGCAAGGAGGGGCCCCAGGUCUCCCAUCCCGCGGGACCCCCGGGAGGGCCAGAGCAUCCCAGGGCCAGCGUCUAAAGGUAAACAAAGCGUUGACAACGUCAUUCACAAGACCAAACCAACCGUUGGUUCGAAUAUUUGUUAUGGGUCACCACGUAACAAAAGAAGAAUAUUGGCUACUUUGUAAAGACCAGUUGGGCCAGGCAGGCUCCCAACUUUAGUGGUCAAGUCCUGCUUGUGUUUGAUUUUACAAAACGGUCCUGUGGCCAAUAAAUUGUAUAUUUGGAAGUCAUGGGAGAAGUGGAUAAACCGUUUGGAUGUCCUCAGCCUGGCUGCGGAAUGAGUUUUACCAAUGAAGAUCAUUUAAUGGUGCAUCGCCGGCGUCAUGAAAUGCAACUCAUGGUAAAUGGGGACCAUCAGACACCAUCUCUAGUCAAACAUGGAUUUAUCAUUGACCAGACCCCAACCCCAACAAGAUUCCUACGUCAGUGUGAGGAAGUAGGACUGUUCCAAGAGAUUAGCCUUAAUCCAUUUGAUGAACAGUUCAGAAGAGCUUCACUUUUGAGGUCACAGCACUCGGUUACAGAGGUCAUAGGAGGCAAUGCUGGAGAAAGCCUUAAUACACCAAGAGUUCUACCACCUGUUGAUUCAGAUGAAACAAUAUCCUCCACUUCACGUGAUGAUAUAUCAGGAACUUCCAAUGCUGCUACUUCCAUUAAUUCAACACGCAGUAUAACACCAUCUUGUGUGAAUCAGACUAGUUACACACAGCCUCAACCAUCCGCAAGAGUGGAAGAGAUAGAAGAAGAUCCUUUGAAAGUAGAGGAGAGUCCCCGUCGUUUGUCACUGAAUGUCACUUCAGCCUCAGAAGCUGGACAAAAUACUAGUUCAGUGAUAUCAACCCCAACUCCGGUGAUUACAGCUGGGUAUGUAGGUCCAUUAUUCUUAGCAGGUUUAUCAUGUGAAAGUUUUGUAAAUCAAAAAAAGCUAUGCUUGUAUAUCUUGAUGCUAUAAACUUAUAAUAACUUGUAAAAU